AUGAUGUUAACACAGUUACAGAAUGUUAAUCAAGUCACGCUUGAGCCUCUGCUCCGUCCAGUAUUUCCAAAAGCAACAGAAAUACUUUUUUAUACAGGCAAUACAUUAUCAAUACCCAAAUUAACGAAGAAAACCAAUAAAAAUCUAACCGAAGAGAUCAUUGAAUAUAUUUCAAUGGUACUACAAAAAAUGAGGAUCGAGAUGAACGAAGCAAAAUUUCAAAAUGAAAAAUAUGUGAAGUUUUUACCUACAUCUGAUGAAACAUCCGUAACAAGUAAUCAUAAUAGUACUACUUCUGGUAACGAGCAAUUAUCUCGAGAAGAUUUGAAAUAUUCUGUUAAAAUAUUUCUUCGUUCACUAGAUCCUGAAUUAUUACAUCAAACAAUUAAUACAGUUUUAAAUCAAUUGAAAGAAAAUUACUUAGAAAGUAUAAUGAUUUCACUGCCGAAUUCUGGUGUACAAAUAGCAUUGAAUGAAUUUUUACCAUUAUGGCAUGUUAUUGAAGAUUAUAUCGAUAAACAGAAGAUUUUAUCAGCUGGUGUUUGUGAUUUUAUGCUUCCAUUAUUAUCUGAUUUCUAUGAUUCUUGUAAACACAAACCAUGUACGAAUCAAAUUAAUUUGAAUGUUUGUUGUGCGAUUCCUGAAGACUUGAAUAAAUAUGCCAAAGAACAUAAUAUUCAACUGUUAACACAUAGUGAUCCAAUCGAUGUUCUCAAUGAAACAGAUUUUCAAGGAGUUAUUCAAAAAUAUUCUCAUGAAUAUGAUUCGAUGAAUUGGAAACCUCUAUGUAUUGUUCGUUAUAGUUCUAUUAUUACUAAACGAGGAAUUAUUAAAACAAAAGGAUUUUUUAUAUAUUCUAAACGAGAACUACGUAUGAAUAAAAACUGA